AUGUUCUUUGAGGACCGUAUGCCAGACUGCAAUCCAUCCAGUCAGACAAGCCUUGGUCACAGUCCCGACAAAGUGCUUCAAUUCAUCCAGAACGUGGCUGACGCCAGUCAUCUGAUCCUCUCCAACAUCCACCUGCCCAUCUUUCUCGAACCCUUCAACAUGCCUUCUAUACAAAAUAUUGAACAGUCGCAAGCUGCCCUGCCAACACCUAUCACGCCAGUCAGCCAGCGAAGAUCAGCUGACGGCCGUCCAGCGGUGGGCUUCGAAUUACCGCUACCCAAGACUCCCAAGCACAGUGAUGCGGGUCAAGUUAAUGGCGCUUUCACUUCGAUUGAGGUAUGUCCCCCCCUGUUGUAA